ACAGAACCGAGCGUGAGAGGCUGCGGGUCAUAGACGCCGCUUCGCAGGCAAGAAGGCCGCCCCGCUCGGAGGGUCCGUUCUAGGAGUCUGUGCUUUUCUCACCCCCCCAGCCCACCACCGUCUUCGGCUGAGGCGGCGGCGGCGAUUCUUGGACGGGGGAGGAGGGAGCGGGACUAUCCGGAGCCAUCCGCCGAAAUGGUGAGCGGUUCCCGGGAGGGGAAGGCUCGAUACCCGGAGCGGGGAGGCCCGGGGACGUCCCUCAGGCUCCGUUUCGCGACGCGGGCGCCCUCCGUCCCCGCCACGGGCCCUUCUUCCCACCGCCCCCCCCCCCGUCCCCACCGCACCAGCGGCGACCAUUUUCUUUUAAGGGCAGCUGCUCGCGAGGGGAGGGGGGGGUGACGCCAUUCUCAAGCCCCCCCUCAGGGCGCACCUGCUGGGUUGAUGCCGGUGGGGAGAAAGGGGGCGCUGGGUUAGGCGGGGGGCAGAAAAGGAGCCACGUAGGACCUCCUUAUAUUUCGCAAGCCGAAUGGAGGCUUUAUUGGGGUGGCUUCUCUCGCCUCCCCCCCACCUCCUCUAUAGCCCAUAAUGCGAAUUUAGGAGCUUACCCGGGGGUAAUUUUUUAUUCUGGAGGUGGGGGGUGAAUGUAUAAAGACGGGGAUGCCCUAAAAGCUGGUUGAGAUGAUCUAUGUUUGCAAGAGCCUUGGCUCAGGUGGAAUUUAUGCAGAAUCCCAAAACUUGCAAUAAUAAUAAUAAUAAUAAUAAUAAUAAUAUUUGUCACACACACCUCUUGCUGAGAGCCUGAGGUCUAUUGUGUAACUGUCCUGUUAUGCCCUUUAAAGAGGAUCUUCCUUCGCUCUCACGUUCUGGUAUAUAACAUUAAUAAUACCAAUAAUAAAGGUUUUCUUUUAUAAUGGGAAGAGGUUGAAGGGUCUCCCGCCUCAUGCCUGCUUAUUUAUAUCUGCCCAUAUAAUGAAAGGUGGUUUAUUUACCUUAUUUUGUUUGGGUCAUUUUUUGUCAGCAGCAAGAAAGGAGGUUUAUUUACAUUUUCAUGUCCUGGUCAUUUAUUUAUUUUUUGACAGCCACAGGAAAGGAGAAGUGGGUAUGUUUGUUUGGAGAUCUGGGCGCCCUGUGCUUUCUCCUUGGAAAUGUUUUUCUCCCUGGCUCCAUUGUUCAGGUAGCAAGGGACUCUGUGUGUGUGAGUGUGUGUUUGUAUACACACACUUCUUCCCUGUGUGCGUGAUAGAGAACUGUGCUGCAUAUUCAUUGCGGUGGUUUUUGGUGCCCCAGAAUGCAGUGAAACAGCGCGCGAGGCAGUUUUAAGGAGUGGCAGAAUCUGAGAUAAUGAAAGGAAAAGACUGUUUUUUUAAAAAAACAAAUGCCGUUCAUCACUGCUGUUUUGUGUUCAUUCCGUAAGGUGCCCUGGGAAGAUCAGCUGUGUCUUCCAGGUGGGUACCCACAUAUUGCAGCUGGCACUGCAAGAAUGGGUUUUCAGGGGUGCUUUUAUUUAUUUAUUUGGCUUUCUUCCCUUUCAUCCUACCCCCCCUCCCCGUGGCUUAAAAUAGCAGCAGAAUGUAGCAAGCAUAUUUAAGGAAACAGAACCGCGAUUCAGCUUUCGUCAUUGGCGGGGAGACUGUAGGACUGCACUCCUUCGUUGUAUAGGGCAGGAAUAGCCAGUGUGGUACCCUCUAGAAAAGAAUAUAAAACAUUUUGUACUAUAACUCCCAUCAACCUGGGCUGCUGACCAUUCUGACUGGGAGUGAUGGGAGUUGUAGUUCACUUGAUCUGGAGAGCACCACCUUGGGUAUUCCUGGUAUAAUGCAUUAAAGGGCUUCAAAGCACAUCAUUUAAGGUAAGCCAGCCUGAUCUCUGAUAGGGAAGGGAGAUGUGUCUGAGAGCAAGUUGCUUCCUUGAGGCAUAUAGUUGUCAUGGCUGAGGUGACCUGGCCUACAGACAUUUCUGGAUUAUGCUUAUGCAGCCAGAUCCUGUGUGUGUCUUUAAGGAAAUCCCAGUGAGUUCAAUGGGAGUUCCAGGUACGUGUUCUUAGGAUUGCAGCCAGUAAACAACACCAAGACUUGCCAGGUGUUUUGUCUGGAAAGGUUUACCCUUCAAAUGAACUUUAGUUGUGUUUAUUCCUUCGUCAUUUGUUAGGGUUCUUCCAGACAAGAGGAUUUUUGGUUUCUUUUUGGGUUUCGAAUUGAAUGUGCAUUGAAUAAUAUAAACAAUAAACAACUGUAUGCUAAACACAACAGUAACACUAAUCACAUAUCCAAAUGAAAAGUUUUUUUGUCAUAUAUAUAUAUAUAUAUAUAUAUAUAUAUAUUCCCAAUUGAUCAAAUUUUGUGUUUUGUUAUUCCAGUAAAAACAAACCACCUCCAAUUUUCUACAAACUUACUAUCUUUCUAUCUGCCUUCUCUUCCUCUUAAGUUCAUCAUUUGACCAUAUAGCCCAUUUUCCACACCUUAAAAUGUGGUUUAGGUUUUUUUCAGUUGGGGCAAAUUCUCAUCCUAGCUGCCAUUAAUAGGAAGACUACCAUUUCAGAAUCUUUAUUGGGAGGCCAUAACCAAGGAUUUUCCUCAUUUCUAGUAAAACAGCUUCCUAGCAGGACUUUAUUAUGGGACAUUCCCAUAUGGUUGUUUUUUUUAAAAAAGCCAAAUAUGCUGAUUUGGCACACCUGAUUCUGACAAGCCAUUUGGUAUGGGCAAGCUUGCCAGUCCUCAAAGGGACUGCUACUAGCCAAGACAGCAAACUGGGCAAGGGGGCACUGUCCAAAGGCUGUAACGCGAAGUCCCCAUACUGCUUCAUCCUUCCUUCUUGCUUCUAACUAGUUGUAUGGUGCUCAGCCAACCAUGGUGAAGACCACUGUCAGGGCACAGGCUCGUUUUAUCCUUUGUAACAUCUUGCAAUUCUGUUUUCCAGUUUUGUGGGAGGUAUACUACCCCUAGGACUCAGCAGGCCCCAAACGUUUCCCAGAAGCAUCAGAACAGAAAGAAGGGUCUGUCGAUUUAGGAAAAAAAUGAGAAAGGAAAAGUAUGUCCUGUGCAGCAAAGCUGGACUUCAAUGUAGGUCUUUGUCUGGGGGGAAAAACCCCAGGCUGCUGUUCCAACCCCUGCGACUCACUACCAUACAUACGGAUUGUUGCCUGCCCUACCAUGCUCAUAACAGAGAAAAGAGCAAAGUCACUUGGGCACCUUUUUUGGUCCUCUGUGGCUGCCCUCUGAUCCUAGUAGCUCUGCUCAGUGUAGAGGACAAGUCAAGGCACUUAAACUUCCCCUUUGUCCUCUGCUGUUAAUUCGGUAGCAUGUGUUUUCUGUCUUUGUAGGAGGAAAGGCUUAGUUUUGUUUUCUUUCUUUCCUUUUCCCGCUCAGGUGAAUUUCACAAUAGACCAGAUCCGUGCGAUCAUGGACAAAAAGUCCAACAUCAGGAAUAUGUCUGUGAUUGCUCAUGUUGACCAUGGCAAGUCCACGCUUACAGAUUCAUUGGUGUGUAAAGCAGGUAUCAUAGCUUCAGCCAGAGCUGGCGAAACACGAUUUACUGACACACGGAAAGAUGAGCAGGAAAGAUGCAUCACAAUCAAGUCUACGUGAGUAUUGCUCACAUUGGGCAUAAUGGCUUUGGCAGUAAAACACAAGCCAUUUGCAAAUUGUGUGUUUGAAGACAAUGGGCUUAAACUGGGUCUAGUUCAGUGGUUUUCCUCUUAACUCAUUUAAUUGUGCACAUUGAAAUGACGGUUGCUGGGGUUUUCUUAUUAUUGCUCUUAUUAAAAACAAAAAAAUCAAGAAACUACAGAAGGGUUGGAUUCCUUGCCUUCCUGUUAAAACAAAUACCAUGAGGAGUCUUGUGGCAGCUUAAAGAUUGACAGGUUUAUUGUGGCAGAAGAUGUGUGGAGUGUGAUCCUUAGUAUUCACACACACACACACACACACACACACACACACCAUAAACAUAAGGGGCCAGAGUUACUGAUACAAAUCAUAAUGAUUUUGGCACUGAAUUACAUGUAUGUAAUGUAUAGGAAAAAUGAAGGCUACAGUUUCAGGCUCAUUGUAUUGACCUUGAAUCUAUAUGUUAUCCAAUGUACCCCCCGCUUCAACUCAGCAAUUUCAGUAUACAGUCAUACCUCAUGUUGCGUCCGCUUCAGGUUAUGUGUUUUCGUGUUGCGUCCUACAGCAAUCUGGAAGUACCGGAACGGGUUACUUCUGGGUUUCGCCGCAUGCGCAUAAGCGCUGAAUCGUGCUUCGCGCAUGUGCACAGACACAGCACUUCGGCUUGCAUCAGUUCCGUGAUACGGAUGGGCCUCCAGAACGGAUCCCGUCCGUAACACGAGGUUCCACUGUACUUGGUUUAAUUUGGCCCUAAUUAAUAUUUAUAUCCCACAUCUCCAGGAUGUUGUUCUUGCGGCAGCCUUAAUAUUUUUCCAAAAUUAACACUGGAAUGAGUUUUUAAAUCUCAUUCAUAAGCAGCUGAAAACAAAGACGUUAAAAACAUAAAACCAAUAUCCCGUUGGCUGUGCCAGGAAACUGAAUGCUUUCAUUGCCCUCUGAAAACUCUCAAGAGAGUUGACCAGAUGCAGCUCUCCAAAGGAAGGAAUCCAAUGAGGGGAUGCAACCAUCACAGAGACAGAUCUAGUCUCUGCUACCUGCACUUCCACAAAUGCAGGGACCCUAUGCAAUGCCUCCUUAGCUAGUCUUAAGGCAUGUAGGGCAGGAUGAGGAAUUCAACAUAGUUCUUAAAACUGGACUUCCAGUUCCAUCAACCCUGGCCAUUAGCCACGCUUGUUUGUGGCUGAUGCAAGUUGGAAUCCAACACCAUCUGUACAACUGCCUCCAAGUUUCCCCUUCUUGGGACAUACCUCAAGCCUCAAUGCCUCAAGGUCAAAGUGCCUCAACCCCCAGCUGUGGUGUUUAUUGAAAUUAUGCAUAAAUGUAAAUAGAUUUUGGGGAAACCCACCACCUCUUUUGUAGGGCCAUUUCUCUCUACUACGAGCUCUCAGAAAAUGAUUUAGCCUUCAUCAAACAAUCCAAAGAUGGCUCUGGCUUUCUCAUUAAUUUAAUCGACUCCCCUGGGCAUGUGGAUUUCUCCUCUGAAGUCACAGCAGCACUUCGUGUCACUGAUGGUGCUCUUGUAGUUGUUGACUGUGUUUCAGGUAAGUGUGCUAAAACUGGGAAACUGUAAUUGCUUGUGAGAAAUCUGUUGUUUGUGAGGCAGCCAGUAAGAGAUAGCAGGGGAUAAGAAUCCUUUGAGAACAAGUGAUUGUGUUUUUAGUAUUUGGCAGUUCUGCUCUUAUAGAAUCAUGAAAUUGCACAGUUGGAAGGGACCCCGAGGGUGACAAUCCCAGCCUUUCGACCAAGUGAGUGGAACAGGACAUUGUCUUUCAUUGCACAAGGUUUCAAAGGCAUAGCAUGAAGUCACGGGCAAGAUCCUGCUCCUUGGGGAGGAGGAGUGACCUAGCAACCAGAGAUAUUUGCUUGGCUAAGAAGGCUGGUCAAAAUUUGCAGAUCCCUGUUUAUGUCUGCGCAGCACUUUUAAAUAUGUACCAGCCACAAGUAUUCUAGAAAUUGGAAUAUGUGCUUAUGUGACAUGUGGCUGAUGUUUCUUGUGCUGUCUGUUAAGCCCACAGGUUAAUAUAAAAGGAAGCUAAAAGCAUAGUUCCUGCAUUGUGCACACAGUGCAGUGUGGAGAUUCAAAAUGGAUGUGACAUGCCCAGUAUCUCUCUGCUCCUUAGUAAUGAAACUCACUGGGUAACUGAAUGACUAUCAACCCAAAGUACAUCAUGGGGUGUCAUGAGGCACUAAAAUGUUGUCCUCAACUCUUGGAAAAGAAGUGGGCUAUAAUGCUAGCAAACCUCUUCUAAUAAUUUAUAUAGAGUGUGCUGAGACCUUAUUAUAGUUGAGGAUUUUAGCCUUGAGAAUUUGACACACACACACACACACACCCUUUUAAAUAAGGAAAUGCUUAGCCCUUACCAUUGUGAAAAUGACCUUCAAAAUGUGUUUGGUGACUUCCCUGCAGCUCAGGAAGCUCAACAAAAUUUCCUGUGGUCAAGGCUUCAGAAUAAGCUGUGUGACUUACAAAACGUACACAGAGUAUGGAAUUUCAGCAGUCUGCAAUAGCCUGAAUGCUAUGGGAUGCAAGGGUGAUGCUCUAGCAGUAUUUAGCAGUUUUGUUUUUGUAAACUGGCACAAAAUCAGUUCACUAAGGUGGUAGCUAAACCUUUUGAAUGAAAACAAGUAAAAUCAAUGGUUACCCAUAGCUUCAGGUUGUUAGGCAGCAAGCCAUCUUGUUGAUCCUUCUCUUCACUGAGUUGAAAUUUUCAGGACAGACCUGGACUGACCUUUCUACAGUCAGUUCUGUUGCAACAGGUUUUCUCUGGAAGCAGGCUAUGCAAACACUGCCUGUCCACUUUCUCGCCUAGGGGUUUGUGUGCAGACCGAAACUGUGCUCCGCCAAGCGAUUGCUGAGCGUAUCAAGCCAGUGCUGAUGAUGAACAAGAUGGAUCGUGCUUUGCUGGAGCUGCAGUUGGAGCCAGAAGAACUUUACCAGACCUUCCAGCGUAUCGUAGAAAACGUCAAUGUUAUAAUAUCCACUUACGGAGAGGGUGAAACUGGACCCAUGGGUAAUAUUAUGGUAAAGAGGACUUACGUUGACAUUGGAGUGGAUCUGAAAACUAUUUUCGGAAGGGUCAAAUCCUGCUACACCAAGCUAGCGCAGAAGUUAUUUUUCUUGUCUACCUGUGCAAAAACUGUUCACGUGAGAGCAUCCUGCUUGUGGAAUUUGCUGCUGCAGUUUCUCUGAGCAGCUCUUGCAAGGCUAUACUAUUCCUUGGGGAGAAACCAUAGCUCACUGUCAGAGCACACUCACUUCGUUCACCAGAGGCCCCCGAAUCGGGCCUUGGCAUCUUCAAUUUGGGAGGAAAAAAACAGAUCUCUGGUAUCAGGGCUCAGAAAGGCAUUCCUCUGCUGAGACCUUGGAGAGCUACUGCUAGUCAGAGGAGGCCCUACGGAGCUAGAUAGGCCAGUGCUUUGACUCAGAAUAAAGCAACUUUGAAUGUCUCUUCUACUACCGAGUGCCUGUUUGAGCAGUUAUUUGUGCAGGCAAAGCCAUGAAAAAUAACACUAUUGGCAUUUUUUUUUGUCUCAGUAGAAAAGCCACAUCAACACCCUGCAACUGACUUGAGUCCCUUUUAAGCAGAGGCGACUAACCUUUGGCCCUAUGGAUGUCAUUGGACUCCAGAUCACAUCAUUCCUGACCAUUGGCCAUCUGGCUGGGGCUAAUGGGUACUGAAGUCCGACAGCACCUGGAAGGGCACCUGUUUUAAAGCAUAGGUGAUGAUUAAGCUGCGAUAUGGAUGCAAGAUCAGGCUCCAGUCCAAUCUGCCUCUUGUGCUCUACAGAUCAGUAGUCGAGGCAAAACUGCAGGCCCAUUCUUGGGUUGCCACCCUCCAGACCUCUCAUGAAGGAGGCAUGUUGAGAAGGGCAGUAUAUAAGUGGGGUACAGAACACAGUGUCUUUAAUUUAUUGGAUGCACUUUAAGCACUUUUGGGUGGCUACUCAAGAAGUACAUACUAGCCAAAAUGGUUUGGCCCCAGAUGAUGCUCAUUUUGAUACAAGCCGCCUAGAUUUCAGUGGAAUGUGGGUAUGUUUAGGGUUGCAUUCUUGAUGUGUUCCUGUGAUUAAAAACAGACCCUCCCUCCUUCUGUUUGUAGAUUGAUCCAGUCAUUGGUACUGUUGGCUUUGGCUCUGGCCUGCAUGGUUGGGCUUUUACUCUGAAACAGUUUGCAGAGAUGUAUGUAGCCAAAUUUGCUGCCAAAGGGGAAAAAGCACAGCUGCCAGCAGCAGAAAGAGCCAAGAAGGUAGAAGACAUGAUGAAAAAGCUAUGGGGAGACAAGUGAGUAAGGGAAUAUAUAUUUAUGCAUAGCAGUUGGUGUCACCCAGAUAAGUCAGUUUAGGAAUCAAUCGUUCUGUGGUGUGUACUUGCAUAUAUAAUGCACUCACCUGUGGGUUUUGGUUGUUCCGCUUACAAAAUCAAGAUACUAAAUACCUAUGAUAAUUAAAAAGUGGUUAGGUACUGAAAAAACUAGAAAUAAUGUCAAUGUGGCUGUGACAACUGUAAAUGUAUAUUUGAUAUUUUUCUGCUUUGUAAAUUAAGAAACAGAGGCAGUAGGAUAUGGCGGGAUCACUGGCGCUUUGCUUGAUGAAUUGAGAAGUCCAAAUAAGAUACCUUCUGUUUCUUUUUCAGUUCCUCAACCUUUUCACUGUAUGUAAAAAAAUAAGCCUUGCUUUUUAAUUUAGGUAUUUUGACCCGGCAAAUGGAAAAUUCAGUAAAUCAGCAACCAACCCCGAUGGAAAGAAAUUGCCACGGACUUUCUGCCAACUCAUCCUGGAUCCUAUUUUUAAGGUGAAACUCUGUUCGACAAAAAUAGUAUUAUCACCUAAACUUGAGAAUUAUUCCCUCCCUCAGUCUGUUAGGAGAACUCCCAAGAAUAAGCUAUUCUUCAGGGUGCUGAAGAAUAGAGUGAAGGAUCCAUGAGAAACCUCAGGCCACUUAUUGCCAGCAGACAGGCUUCCCUAGUCUUGAUAAAACAUCCCUGGAGUAAAUGUAUUUGCAGCAGCUAACUAAGCAGGCUGAUUCCCCUCCCCCCACCUGUGCAACACACAUCAGUUAAGUUAUAGAGUGUUUAACCAAUGACAUGAAUGUGCCUUAAAGCAUACUGCCAGGGGACCAGCUUAUUGACUCGUCCACUGACAAAAUGUUAAGCUUCCAGAAUCAUGAACCUAGCAGGAUCUGCAGAAUGUAAAGUGCCCUUGAGUAUCGGUAGCAAGCUAUAAGAUAUGGAAGCUCUUCUGCAGCCUUGGGUGGAAAUCAUGUUUAGCCUAUGGAAGUACUGCACAUUCAGUAAACCAGGCACAUAAGCCCUCUUCAAGCUGUAGUGAUGCUGUGAGGAUGGUUGUUCAGGCUCCUCCUCAUUAGCAUUCUUCCCCCUGUACGAGUUGGAGGGCAACUGUUAGAAGAAGAGGCCUCCUGUAGCCAUGGUGGCUCCUGAACCCUGAUUUUCCAAGGUACAGGAGACUCCUUGCUUGAUGCAGUUACCUUCCAACUUUUGGUGGGCAAAGAGAAUGACAACAAGGGGGUGGAGCGAAUCCACUCAUUCCCCCCCCCCCCCCGGAUUACAGGUUACAGAUUAAGAACACCUUAAUUAAUUAAACUAUGUGACAACACCUGUCUCUUAAAGUGACGUAAAGGAAAUCCUCAUUUGGCUUGACUUUCAUUCAACACUCUGUUCUCGGCAGCUGAUUGAUGGCAUGCUAGAUCGACCGGGCAAACAAAAUCUCUGUAACAUACUUUCGCUGUGUAGGUCUUCGAUGCCAUUAUGAACUUUAAGAAGGAAGAGGCAUCCAAACUGAUAGAGAAACUGGACAUCAAGCUGGAUGCUGAAGACCGAGAAAAGGAGGGGAAGCCACUGCUCAAGGUACUUUGAUACCGUGUGUGUCUGUGUCUCGGUGUCCCUUUUGGCACAGCUGUGCUAAGCAGCACCUGCUUUGCAGACAGAAAGUUGCAAGUUCAGUCUGGGGUAGCACGACAGGAAACGGCCUGGGGCACUGGGGCAUGGCCAACUUUAUAUAUUCUUAUGAGAUGGGCGCUGGAAGAGUGACAUCGCAUUUCUGAAGAGGAACAUCGCUCUUCCAGUUUAGCCAAACAAAGAAACUAAAGGAUGAAACAGUAGCUUGAGCUGUGUUCAAUGUCUGUUUCCCAGGCUGUAAUGCGUCGCUGGCUGCCUGCCGGUGAUGCCUUACUUCAGAUGAUUACCAUCCACUUGCCUUCCCCUGUUACGGCGCAGAAAUAUCGCUGUGAACUUCUGUAUGAGGGACCGCCUGAUGAUGAAGCAGCUAUGGGUAAGAUGACAUUAGCAAUUCAAGGCAGAAGAUGACUACUUUGCAAACCCUUGAAAUUUCUGACUAUAUAUUUUUUCUAAUUCCCCAUCAUUAUUCAUACUAAGCUCUGUGUUCAUUGGCAGAUGUUGGCCUUCUCCUUUACGAGACUGUACAGUGGUACCUCGGGUUACAUACGCUUCAGGUUACAUAGGCUUCAGGUUACAGACUGUUCUAACCCAGAAAUAGUACCUCAGGUUAAGAACUUUGUUUCAAGAUGAGAACAGAAAUCAUGCUCUGGCGGUGCAGCAGCAGCAGGAGGCCCCAUUAGCUAAAGUGGUGCUUCGGGUUAAGAACAGUUUCAGGUUAAGAACGGACCUCCAGAACAAAUUAAGUACUUAACCCGAGGUACCACUGUACAAAUCUUUUAAGAAUAGGGAGCGAGACCUGAUGGUGUAGCAGAACUUGACACUCUAAAGGUCCUCAGCUGAACUAUCUUGGAACUAUUAUAUAAGCAGCCCUCUACCAAACACACUUCCCAUUUCAUUCACCUACAGUGGUACCUCGGGUUACAAAAGCUUCGGGUUACAAACUCUGCUAACCCGGAAGUAGUACCUCGGGUUGAGAACUUUGCCCCAGGAUGAGAACGGAAAUCGUGCGGCAGUGGCAGCAGCACGAGGCCCCAUUAGCAAAAGUGCGCCUCAGGUUAAGAAUGGUUUCGGGUUAAGAACAGACCUCCGGAAUGAAUUAAGUUCGUAACCCGAGGUACCACUGUAUUUGGAUAGACUUUGCUUUUGUCCAGUUAGUUUCCUGUGCCCAAUUGAUCGGCAACAUAUAACUGAUUUUUACGUUUCAUUUUUAAAAAGGAAGGCAAAUCCCCCAUCGUGAUAUCUCUGCUGAGUUCAGAACUGCCUGUGAGUCACUAUCUUUGCAUUGUUUUGCUGCAGGUGUUAAGAACUGUGAUCCAAAAGGCCCUUUGAUGAUGUACAUCUCCAAAAUGGUCCCCACGUCUGACAAAGGUCGUUUCUAUGCCUUUGGGCGGGUCUUCUCUGGCAUUGUUUCCACAGGCCAGAAAGUACGAAUCAUGGGGCCAAACUAUACCCCAGGAAAGAAAGAAGAUCUCUACCUGAAGCCCAUUCAAAGGUAGAUGGUGAUGGCGUCAUUUCUUUUGGAAGUCGAUGCAUGCAAAAAAAAAUCAAUGUUAUAAUAUAUGUAUAUUUUUGUUUUAUGGGGGCGGGGAACCUGAUAAGAGGCAGCAGCAUUUUUAUUUUUUCUGAGAAUUUUUUCUUUAUGGCAUGCCCAAUAUAACUUUAGUUACUGAGAGAUAUGAUAGACAGUUAAAAGGGCAAUUAGAGAGAAUACCUUUUAUGUAAAAAGGUUGGGUUUUUUCCUAAAAAAUUUUUAAAAAAAUACUUCCGAUGAUAAAAUAGAUUGUUACCCAUCCUCUGUCUUUGUAGAACCAUUUUGAUGAUGGGUCGUUAUGUUGAGCCCAUUGAGGAUGUACCUUGUGGCAACAUUGUUGGCCUAGUUGGUGUUGACCAGUUUUUGGUGAAGACGGGCACCAUUUCCACCUUUGAACAUGCCCACAACAUGAGAGUGAUGAAAUUUAGUGUUAGCCCAGUUGUGCGGGUUGCAGUUGAAGCAAAAAACCCUGCCGACCUACCAAAACUAGUGGAAGGUCUAAAGCGUCUCGCCAAGUCUGACCCUAUGGUCCAGGUGAGUGUUAGCUGUAACUUUGUGAAUUAUUGGUUUGCAGUGGAGCUUUGCUGGAAGAGAGUUUUUCAUUAAUAGCAUUUGCAAGCAUGCCACUCAAGGGAAGCAGCUAUAGACUUGCUCAGAACUCGGACAGAAAUUUCAAAAUAAAGCAAUCCAGCCCUUAACAUUUGUAGUCAGCCUAUGUCUUAAUAUUCAUUUGGCCACUCAGUUUCUUCCAUCGGAAGACUGAAUAACUGCCACUUUGUGAAUAGUGGGGUGGGAAAUGUGUAAGAUCUAGCAUGUCCACAAAUACUGUACCUUCCAAGAAUGGGUCAGAGUGAAAGGGUGAAAUGAUAUCUGUGGGGAACUUGUAGUAGUGUUGCAACCAGGAAGAAAGCCUCACCACGUCGUAAGAGUCAAAAACUAAUGAAUACAGGAGGGAUUUAUUACCAGGUUAAUUUUGCAGGGUGUGGUCUGAAGGGACAUUUUGCAGCAUCCCUGCUUAGGCUAAGCGGGUCUGGUCAGUGUCUGGAUGGGAGAUUCCCUGGGAACCCCGGUGCUCCAAAAUAGGAUGUAAACGGAAGAAAUAAAACACGUUUUCCCAAAUAAGCUUCUCUCACUUGCUCCAGAGUAAGUGAAGAUUCAGUUGUAGACUAACAAAUUUCUCAUCAGAUUUACUGGCUUUUAGGAAGCUGCCUUCUCUUAGCUGAAGAAGAUUGAAUUCAAUCAAAAUAAAGUUUCCAUAUUUUUUAACUGUUGUGGAGUUUCAGCUAAAGAAGAAAACUGUGUUUUGAAAUGGUUAGGGAAAUUUGGGGACAACCUGGUACUAAACCUUUCCUGUCAUUGGUUCUUACCUUUCUCAUUAACACGUGAUAAGGACAGGAUGGUGGAAAUUGCUGCUCCCUUUUACUACAGAUGCAUCUGGAAGAAUAUAAACAGGACAGGCAGUGACUAAGGAAGAAAGGUCUGGCUGGAUGGGGACGAUAUUUAAUGCCUGUAUUCAGUGGUGAUGCAAAACCAUGGUGUAGGGCCGGCAUUUUGAGUCCAGAGGCCAAAUGUAGCCUUUUUAUCUGGCCCUUGGAACUUUUUCCAGGCCAUUUCCCUUAACAGCCCUAUUCCAUACCCUCCUUCAAUAUUUUUGCCUGGCUGGAAUGUGUUUCUGAGCUCUGGCAAUGGUUCUUGGCUGCCGGGAUGGAGUGUGUGUGUUUGUAGAAACUAGCUUACUAUACAAAGGUAACAUUAACCAUUGGUUGCUUUGCCCACUUUUGCCUUUGGCACCAGAAAAGGUUGAUCAGAUGUGGCCCUUGGCCUGAAAAAAAUGGUUUCCUAUCCCUUCGCAUUACAAUAACUUAGUGAACCUCGGGUUUGUAAGCUUCUCCCUCACCCAAGAAAAUGUGAAGCUUCUGGGCAUGACAAAUUGCACCUUCCUGGUUCGUCCAUAUUAUGAAGAAACUGAUUUUUACAAACCACAGUUCACAAGCCAGGACAUCAAACCAAAGGUGUAUGUCACUGAAAUCUCUCACAUGCAAGUAAAUGGGGAGAGAAACAUACAAGCUUGAGGCUUACCACAGGCUAGUUUGUACAGUGGUACCUUGGUUUACGAACUUAAUCCGUUCUGGAAGCUCAUUCUUAAACCGAAACAGUUCUUAAACUGAGGCGCACUUUCCCUAAUGAGGCCCCCCGCCGCUGGUGCCCUUCCACCGUUCAGAUCCCAUUCUUAGACCGAAGUAAAUUUCUCAAACCGGGACACUAUUUCCGGUUUUGCGGAGUUUGUAAACAGAAUCGUUCUUAAACCGGACUGUUCUUAAACCAAGGUACCACUGUAGUUAUGACUUCUGAAUGUGGUCACUGUGGUGAGAGGUUAUAACCACUGUGUAGAAGACAGAGCUCAAAUGCAACAAACAUCCAUACUGCUAGUGCACUGUUGAUUUGUGCUUUUAAAGACUUCUGUACAAUCCCUGAGCUCUGUAGGAAUCUUUGAAAUUGGAGGAUGUUUUGUUUAUCAGAAACAAUGUUCCCCCUUCCAAGCUCUCAGGAAGGGAGAUGAUAACAAUUCUAAUAAAUAAAUACAAGCAUAUUUAUAGAUAGGCCUUGGUCUUGGGUAGUACUCUUUCUUGUGUUUUCAAAAUUAGGAAGCAUUUUCUCCCCUUCCUCUGUGUGGUGGGGUGGCUCUGUUUGAACCUACUGCUGCACAAGCUCUAGAGCAUGGCAUAAGUGUUAGAAGUGGUGCGUUUUACCUGGCAGUACCUUGCAUUUCACAGGUAGGUGCAAUGCUUGGAGGUCAGGGGUGGAAAGCACAUCACAACCUAAGCUCAACUUUUCCCAUGAUGAUUUCUGCAUAACAGUUGUGGAAAGGCCCAAUGCUUUGAUCUUUUGAAAACGGCUUGGCAGAAUUGUAGCACAUUCUGCAGCAUGAUAAGGAAAUGCUGCUAGGUUUUCAUAACGUUUUCCUCCUGAAACAACCUAAUAACCAACUUUUCCUGUUCACCAGUGCAUUAUUGAGGAAUCUGGAGAGCACAUCGUUGCUGGAGCUGGGGAGCUGCAUCUGGAAAUUUGCCUGAAAGAUCUGGAAGAGGACCAUGCCUGUAUUCCCAUCAAGGUAUGCAAACUCACAUGCUGUGUGGGCAGGGUUAGAACAUGUAAAUGCCAGAUGGACUGAGAAUAUGAUUUUUUUUUAAAUGGAAAUUAGAUAUCGGGAUUUGGUUUUGUGCCAAAUAAAUGAGACCUGUGGGUAUAGGGCAGUAUACAAAGUUAAUAAAUAAAAUACAAUUCAGUAGCCAGAAAAUAAUGAAAAUUGAGUCUCUUUAUAUGACCUGCGUACACUUAAUUUUGAAGGGACGCGGGUGGCGCUGUGGGUUAAACCACAGAGCCUAGGACUUGCCGAUCAGAAGGUCGGCGGUUCGAAUCCCCGCAACGGGGUGAGCUCCCGUUGCUCGGUCCCUGCUCCUGCCAACCUCGCAGUUCGAAAGCAGGUCAAAGUUCAAGUAGAUAAAUAGGCACCACUCCAUUGGGAAAGUAAACGGCAUUUCCGUCCGCUGCUCUGGUUCGCCAGAAGCGGCUUUGUCAUGCGGGCCACGUGACCGGAAGCUGUACACCGGCUUCCUCGGCCAAUAAAGCGAGAUGAGCGCCACAACCCCAGAGUUGGCCACGACUGGACCUAAUGGUCAGGGGUCCCUUUACCUUUACCUUACACUUAAUUUUGCUUCCAAUGGUUGGACCUCUUUUGGUAGGAGACUGGCAGGCAAAGGUAGAGGAUGGGGCCGGGGGAGAAGAUGUGAAAUAAGCCUGGGAUUCUCAAUAAGGUUAAUUUCUACAUUAGGUCCUAGGUUUUGAAUAUACUUGUUCUGCAUAUAAAUCCCUGAGCAUGAGAUGCAAAUGCCUAUUGACUUCUAGAUUGCUGCUGUGCUCUUGUGCUUCUUCUCCCAGUCAUUUCAGUGUGGCUUGUGGAAAUGCUUAUUAACCAGCAUCUAACCAGUGUACUUGCCAGCUCACCAUGGCUGAGCACAUCUUUUUGCUCGGGCAAAAUAACAGAAUCAGGGAGGGCCACCACCCUUCUUCUCUGCCUGGAGAAGCAUGAGGAUUCUCUGCCAUACCAGGCUGACUUCAGAAGUACAGAUGAAUGGUGGUUGUAUUCCAUGAUGUCACACGGAACAAAGGUGACACCUGGAGAGCCAAGGGACUUGUGCUGCUUUCUGGGAAUUUGAGGGUUAGUGCACUGGAGACAAGCUCCUGCCCCUCUCAACUCUGGAGGCAAAGGUUCGUCUCCCACAGUGGUGCAGGGUGCCGUAUUCGCUUGCAGAGGUGAGAGACAUGGUCACAGCAAGAAACUAGAGCUGCCAAGGCGAACCUAGAUUUCUUAAUCAGAUUAUUCAUUUCGAUUUCACUUUAUAACGGAACAGUGAGUGUGCAUUAGCAUUUCAAGGAAACUCAAGCCACAGCUUUUUCUAGAUGACUCGUCAAAACGCGUUGCUGCUUCUGUAUUGCUGAGCCUAGGACUUGCCAAUCAGAAGGUCAGUGGUUCGAAUCCCCGUGACGGAGUGAGCUCCCGUUGCUCGGUCCCUGCUCCUGCCAACCUCGCAGUUCGAAAGCACGUCAAAGUCCAAGUAGAUAAAUAGGGACCGCUCCAGCGGGAAGGUAAAUGGCGUUUCUGUGCGCUGCUCUGGUUCGCCAGAGGCGGCUUAGUCAUGCUGGCCACGUGACCCGGAAGCUGUACGCCGGCUCCCUCGGCCAAUAAAGCGAGAUGAGCGCCGCAACCCCAGAGUUGGUCACAACUGGAUCUAAUGGUCAGGGGUCCCAUUACCUUUAAUUCUAGUAAUUCAUGCUAGAGCCUAAAUCUGGCAAUGAAAUCUGUAAAACACUCGAUGUUGCCUCUGUUGAGGAUGUCUGACUGCCAUAUCUCACCUGGUGUGCCAUGUAUCCCCAUCUAGGGUCCACACGUGUUAUAAUGAGGCUCCAAUUUUGGUAUGUGUAGUGGGGGGACAUGCUCCGUCACUCUAGCUUGAAAUGAACAUGUGAAACAGGGUAGUAAAGGUUGAUCUCAGCAUAGAAUGAAUUUGUAAAGUGGACUCAAAUUUAUUUGACACUCUUCUUUUGCAACAUAACAGAAAUCAGACCCGGUAGUAUCUUAUCGGGAGACAGUCUCUGAAGAAUCGAUCCAGAUGUGCUUGUCCAAAUCCCCCAACAAGCACAACCGGUUGUACAUGAAAGCCCGCCCUUUCCCUGACGGGUUGGCAGAAGAUAUAGACAAAGGGGAUGUCAGCUCCCGCCAAGAGCUGAAGCAACGGGCUCGGUACCUGGCCGAGAAGUACGAGUGGGAUGUGUCUGAAGCACGGAAGAUCUGGUGCUUUGGUCCCGACGGAACAGGCCCCAACAUCCUGGUGGACAUCACCAAAGGGGUCCAGUACCUCAAUGAAAUAAAGGAUAGCGUGGUCGCCGGAUUCCAGUGGGCAACGAAAGAGGCAAGUCUGCCAUAAAGUUAGCAUUUGAUACGCAAGAUGUUUGAAAUUAUUCUGUAAAUUUUACAGCUGUCAGGUUCAAUCCCUAAUAACUCAUGGCUUGUUUUAAAUAAAAAGAUUUGAGGUAGAACGACAAGAGAGAUUCCUAGGCAGCCAGUACUGGGCUUGACAGACCUCAGUGGUAUGUUUCUGUUUAGGGCUGUUCCAUAUGCUUUUAAGUAAUUCUCACCUGUUGCACUAUGAAUGGUUUCACUUGGAUACAAACGGACUUAAAACACAUUAAAUGUUUCUGUGAAACGCAACCUACUAUCUUAAUUUUCUUUGCUGUGCAUAAGGUGUUUGAUUUUUCAUUAUUAUUUGCAAGCCUCUCUAGUAGCAGGAAGACCUCCCAACACUUUAAUGGUCUGUAAUGUUUUUCUUCUGCACAAGUGGCAACUUAACUCUUUUUCUUUUGCCAAUUAAAACAAGUUUAAGCAUUAGGAUGCCAAUAAUACUGCAGUCAGAAGUCUUUUCCUUUCCACUUUUGACUGUUGUCUUUUGCAGGGCGUUCUGUGUGAGGAGAACAUGCGGGGAGUUCGCUUUGACAUCCAUGACGUUACUCUCCAUGCUGAUGCCAUCCACCGGGGUGGUGGGCAAAUCAUCCCAACUGCAAGGAGGGUUUUGUAUGCCUCUGCCCUGACUGCCCAGCCCCGAUUGAUGGAACCCAUCUAUCUUGUAGAGAUACAGGUAUGUCACUGGACGGGUGGGUUGUCCCUGCUGAGACUUUGAAGCAGGAAUCAAAACUCCUGUUCUUAGUUCUGAGAUUUCACUGUCACAGUGGACUCGGGUCCACUCUCGUUUUAUCCCACUCCUGUUAGAACAAGAGCAGUAUUGCUGGCUUCUAGGAAAUUCCUCUCAACCCCCAACAGAUUUCGUUUUUACUACUAGCCCUGCUUGUGCACAAAUGUGCAGCUGAAGAGCCUCAUUUGACAUACUAUGAAAGAACAUGAGUUUUAAGCAUGUUUCAUAUUAACUAUCUUGGACCUUGGCAGCAUUGGCUGAUUCCUCACUAAGGCUGCAAUUCUUGCCCUGCGUACCUGGAAGUAACCUCAACUUUAGACUGGACGUGGUAUGGCUUGCAGCCUUCGUCAUUUAGUUUUGUGUUCCCAUUUAAGUGGAGAAAUCUAGUCUGCCACCAAAAAAGCAGCUAAUUUGCUACUUAGUCAGGUGAGACUUUUGCAGCAUAAAAUUGAAUAAUGGUUUAUUAAUGUAUAUUUAUUAACUACCAGAGCAAAAAUGCUUUUAUUCAAGAUGUCACAUGGAGCUGUCUUUGUAUUAAGAUCCUUAAGUGCUGCUCUAGUGCAUUUUAUUGUAAAUAAAAUAAUUUAGUAGUAUGAAAUUCAAGAGGUCCCGUGUCUUAUAGUUAAUUGUUGAUGAAAGGAGAUACCACAGACUUUCCUUUGAGCUGAUGGGAAAAAUCUAAACAGCUGCCUUUCUUCCCUAGUGCCCAGAACAAGUGGUUGGAGGCAUUUAUGGUGUGCUGAAUCGAAAACGCGGUCAUGUUUUUGAAGAGUCCCAAGUAGCUGGGACGCCCAUGUUUGUGGUCAAAGCAUAUCUGCCAGUUAAUGAGUCUUUUGGUAAGAGAUUGACUGAUUUCAUGACCUUAUCAAAUCCCACUGGGUGGUUCAUACCAUUCUUCCAGUUAAGUCACUAGUUUUGGGGGAGAAUACAAUGAAAUAAAAACUAGCAUUCUUGGCUCAAGUAUUCCUGCUUUCAACUUUGCCAGGAAAAGUAGCUGCCCAUAAUGGAGUAGUACCUCAGCCUGGGAGGGAAAAUGACCCAGAAGCAGAUAUGAGAAGCUGGACAUUAGAGUUAAGGAACAGUCAAAUUGUAUUCUGGAUAGUGAUACUAGAGUUAGGAAGCGGACUUGUGCUGAGUCAGACCAUCGGCCCAUCAGUUCCUUCACUGACUGGCAAUGGCUUGCCAGGAUUUCAGGCUGGUGAUGAUUCUGAACCCUUACUUGGCAGUAUCAGAGAUUGAACCCAAGGCCUCCUGCAUACCAAACAGAUGCUCUUACUACUGAGCGACAACCCUCUCUUAGGAGUUAAAGAAAUGCAGCAAGGAAGAGGUAGGUGUAGAAGAGGAAAGAAAUUUAAGCCAGAUUGAACAAGCUUUUCCUGUUGGUAUGAAUUUAGCAUUAUUAAUGUUGCAUCAGAUAAACUUGCUAAAGGUGGCUAAGUAAGAACUUUUGUUUGAAUGAAAGGUCUGACAGAGGAUACUGUAAGGGGUGUUCUAAGCCUUACAAGUUACUCAUUUUUUUCAUCUCCAUAGGUUUCACUGCUGAUUUGAGAUCCAAUACCGGUGGCCAGGCUUUCCCACAAUGUGUCUUUGAUCACUGGCAGAUUUUGCCCGGAGACCCCUACGAUGCUAAUUCACGACCCUUCCAAGUCGUGGCUGAAACACGCAAACGCAAAGGCUUGAAGGAAGGUAUUCCACCUCUGGACAACUUCCUAGACAAAUUGUAACUACAACCUCAUCCAGGUCAGGGGUGCCUAUUCUGGCACUCAACUUCAUCACAGAAUUGGAUUGCUUCACAAAGCCAGCAAAGGAGUGGGAAACUGAACAGAAAAACUCCAAACAUCUAGCAAUUAUGUCAUGUUCACCUAAUGAGAAAUAAAAGUAUGUGUUGAACCGCUUA